AUGAACAGAGGAAGAGGCGGCUUUAGAGGAGGCCGUGGUGGAGCUGGUGGAAGACCAAGUUUCCAACAAGGCCCACCAGAUACAGUUUUGGAAAUGGGAUCUUUCAUGCAAGCCUGCGAGGGAGAUAUAGUGUGUCGCUCAAUCAAUGUCAAGAUACCCUACUUUAACGCUCCAAUUUACUUAGAAAACAAGACGCAAGUUGGAAAAGUGGAUGAAAUACUAGGACCGUUGAAUGAGGUGUUUUUCACAAUAAAACCAUCCGAAGGUGUCAAAGCAGAGUCAUUUAAGGACGGAGAUAAAUUCUACAUUGGUCCUGAUAAACUUUUACCUUUAGAAAGAUUUUUGCCCAAACCACCUUCUAUAGGGCCCAAACCAAAGAGGAAAGCGGGAGCGGGUGGCGCCGGUGGUGCUGGUGGUCGAGGUGGCCGCGGUGGUGCCAGAGGUGGCUUCGGUGGCCGUGGAGGUGCCAGAGGUGGCAGCAGAGGUGGUUUCGGUGCACGUGGUGGAAGUAGAGGUGGAUUUGGAGGUCGUGGUGGAAGCAGAGGUGGCUUUGGUGGUCGUGGAGGAUCCCGUGGAGGAAGCAGAGGUGGUAGAGGUAGAUUUUGA